AUGAAGCUUAGAAGGAGUACGAGAGAGAAGAAACCUCCCCAGCAUUUGCAGGAUUUCCAGUUAGAAUUAGAUCCGACAGAGAGCCUUCAGACACGUGCGAUUAGAGAUGAAUUGAACCAAGUAGAGUCUCUGCUUGAAAGCUUAACACCCGAAGCAGGUAAACAGUCUGCAAGUGCCAACAAACUUCAAACCUCGACCUUUACACCCGAAGAAGAAAAGCAGUCUUCCGCCAGUUUCAGCAAAUUUCAGAAUGAGAACUUGAAGUUGGAACUUGAACUGACACGAGCCAAAAUUGACCUUGCUCGGGUUAAGUCCGCGAUGGCACACGAAAGUCAAUCCAAGAUGGCCGCCCCAAACCCGGCGAACGUCAACACACAAAAUUAAGGCCAGUGUACGACCCAAAGAGCGACUGUACCCACUCUAACUGCGUUGCAAUCUGACAAAGCGGUUCAGGAGGAGCUUAAAGCCUUAGAAGAGUCACUAGGGGACCCAAUUCUUCUUGGUCUUUCUGACGAAUUGGCGGAUCCAGCGCAAAAACUACUGGAACCCAGCACCACCCCCAGAGGUAAACGUCCCCUGCUAAUUCCAGAUUUUGUCAGUUUCCUCCCAGUGGUUCUGGAAGAGGACCGAGAGACCGUGCUUGGUGCUUCUGGUGGCACUCAAAUCAUA